UUUUCGCUGUGGAUGCUGGGAGAUCAAUAACCAAGGAAGACAUUUUGGAUUUAAAACGAGCUCACUUUGUGGUUGACGAAAGUAUGCUCCGUCGGCAACACCAUUUGUCAUUAGUUAGAAUGUAUCGUCAGAUGGGUUUGUUUGUCAGUUGUGCGCAAUGAAAUGGCGUCGUUCUUGUGAAAAAUUCUACGCAUUUAUCCCAAACCAUAUCGCCGCGCUCAUCUACGAAUUCUGUUAGGUUUCUUGCUGGCUCAGCUGUGUGUAUGUACAUCGAGAAGGCUCCUAUAGUUCCUGGCUGUCCUACGAGGAAUUAACCAAUUUAGCCUCUAAGUCCACCAGGCAAUGUCAAUAAUGGUGUACCCCAGGGAGGACCGUCUGGAGAAGCUGUCCCAGGAGGAGAUCAUCUCCAGCACCAAGCUGGUGAUCCAGGGCCUGGAGGCGCUGAAGAGCGAGCACAACUCCAUCCUGCACAGCCUGCUGGAGACCAUCCGCUGCCUGAAGAAGGACGAGGAGGCCAACCUGGUGCACGAGAAGUCCAGCCUGCUGCGCAAGUCAGUGGAGAUGAUCGAGCUGGGGCUGGGCGAGGCGCAGGUGAUGAUGGCCCUGUCUGCCCACCUGAACGCUGUGGAGUCGGAGAAGCAGAAGCUGCGUGCCCAGGUACGUCGGCUGUGCCAAGAGAACCAGUGGCUGCGAGACGAGCUGGCGGGCACCCAGCAAAAGCUGCAGAAGAGCGAGCAGAGUGUGGCCCAGCUGGAGGAGGAGAAGAAGCAUCUGGAGUUCAUGAACCAGCUCAAGAAGUACGACGAGGAUGUGUCCCCUACUGAGGAGAAAGAUGGAGAGCCUCCUAAAGAUACACUGGACGACCUCUUCCCCAAUGAUGAGGAGGACAACAGUCAAGGAAUGCCUCACCAGCAUAACAGUGCAGCGGUGGCCGCAGCACAGCAGGGUGGCUAUGAGAUCCCAGCCCGCCUGAGGACCCUCCACAACCUGGUGAUCCAGUACGCCUCCCAGGGCCGCUACGAGGUGGCCGUGCCCCUCUGCAAGCAGGCUCUGGAGGACCUGGAGAAGACAUCCGGACACGACCACCCUGACGUGGCCACCAUGCUCAACAUCCUGGCCCUGGUCUACAGGGACCAGAACAAAUACAAGGAGGCGGCUCACCUGCUCAAUGAUGCACUGUCUAUCCGGGAGAAAACCCUUGGGAAAGACCACCCUGCGGUGGCUGCGACACUGAACAAUCUGGCAGUGUUGUAUGGCAAGAGGGGGAAGUACAAGGAAGCUGAGCCCCUUUGCAAGAGGGCUCUGGAGAUCAGAGAGAAGGUGCUGGGCAAGGACCAUCCUGAUGUGGCCAAGCAGCUGAACAACCUGGCCCUGCUGUGUCAGAACCAGGGCAAGUACGAAGAGGUGGAGUACUACUACUGCCGUGCCCUGGAGAUCUACGAGCGCAGGCUGGGCCCUGAUGACCCCAACGUGGCCAAGACCAAGAACAACCUGGCUUCGUGUUACUUGAAGCAGGGGAAGUACAAGGAGGCGGAAAUCCUUUACAAAGAGAUUCUCACCCAAGCUCACGAGAAGGAAUUUGGAUCCGUGGAUGCUGAGAACAAGCCCAUCUGGGUGCAUGCCGAGGAGCGGGAGGAGUGCAAGAGCAAAGACGGCUAUGGAGAUUAUGGCGGCUGGUAUAAGAAUUGCAAGGUGAACAGCCCCACUGUCAACACCACUCUGCGUAAUCUGGGAGCUCUGUAUCGCCGGCAAGGCAAGAUGGAGGCCGCUGAGACCCUGGAGGAGUGUGCCUUGAGGUCCCGAAAACAGGGUGUGGUGGAGCUGCAGAGAGACGGAGACAGGAGGAGGAGCAGGGAGAGUCUGAGCAGCGUAAAAUAUGAGAGCGCCUCCGAAGCGGGGGAGGACGGCAGCGUGGACUGGAACGGGGCCUAAAUCAGCAGGAUGACCUUCCUCCGCCUCACUCUCCUCAACCAAUCAAGCCAAUCGAAUCAAAAUGGAUGUCUCUUGUCACUUCCUCUGUGUGAAGCCUCUUCUAAUCUUUCAUGGAGGACUCCUCCUUCAUCCCCACAAAACCGAUUAUACCUUUUAACUCCCAAUCUUUCUCUUCCCAUCCUUUCGGGGUCUCUCACUCCCACGCAUGUUCUCCAUCUUCUUGCGUUUUCCAUACUCUGACCCUCUUCUCCUGGUCUCUUGCCCUCUUCCUCUUGCGUUUUCCACUCUGCCCCUCUUCUCCUGGUCUCUUUUCCUCUUGCGUUUUCCACUCUGGCCCUCUUCUCCUGGUCUCUUUUCCUCUUGCGUUUUCUUUAUCCCUCUCUCUAGCUCUCUCGUUCAUGCCCACUCAUUUCUCUCAUCAUGCUGCAUCACAUUUUCAGCCUUUCUCUUCCUCUAUCCCUGUCUCUCCCUUUCUCUUCCUCUCUCCCUGUCUCUCCCUUUCUCCUCCUCUCUCCCUUUUUCUUCCUCUAUCCCCCUCUCCCUUUUUCUUCCUCUAUCCCCCUCUCCCUUUUUCUUCCUCGAUCCCCGACUCUCCCUUUUUCUUCCUCUAUCCCCCUCUCCCUUUUUCUUCCUCGAUCCCCGACUCUCCCUUUUUCUUCCUCGAUCCCCGACUCUCCCUUUUUCUUCCUCGAUCCCCGACUCUCCCUUUUUCUUCCUCGAUCCCCGACUCUCCCUUUUUCUUCCUCGAUCCCCGACUCUCCCUUUUUCUUCCUCGAUCCCCGACUCUCCCUUUUUCUUCCUCGAUCCCCGACUCUCCCUUUUUCUUCCUCGAUCCCCGACUCUCCCUUUUUCUUCCUCGAUCCCCGACUCUCCCUUUUUCUUCCUCGAUCCCCGACUCUCCCGUUUUCUUCCUCGAUCCCCGACUCUCCCUUUUUCUUCCUCGAUCCCCGACUCUCCCUUUUUCUUCCUCGAUCCCCGACUCUCCCCGUUUUCUUCCUCGAUCCCCGACUCUCCCUUUUUUCUUCCUCGAUCCCCGACUCUCCCUUUUUUCUUCCUCGAUCCCCGACUCUCCCUUUUUUCUUCCUCGAUCCCCGACUCUCCCUUUUUUCUUCCUCGAUCCCCGACUCUCCCUUUUUCUUCCUCGAUCCCCGACUCUCCCUUUUUCUUCCUCGAUCCCCGACUCUCCCUUUUUCUUCCUCGAUCCCCGACUCUCCCUUUUUCUUCCUCGAUCCCCGACUCUUCCUCGAUCCCCGACUCUUCCUCGAUCCCCGACUCUCCCUUUCUCUUGCUGUGUCAUCACUUGUAUAGUAUGUAUGAUAUUCUAACCAAUAAGAGAUGGUGGCACCAGAGUCCAACUGAACACUGGAAACUUGACUAUCAAAGCUUUGGUUGUUUGAUUUUCUCUUUUUUUCUGUUCUUCUUGUAUGCAAAUAUGAUUGCUUUUACAUUGAUCUUCAUAUUUCCACUAAGCACAGUCACACAGUUAGAAGGGCAUCAAGUAUUGGUCCAUUACCAAAUGAGACCAGUCAGAAUUUUUAUCUCGUUUUGUUAUCUCUAAAAUAUUAUUGGCCACUGAAGAGCAACCAGCUAGAGUAGUGCUUUUUAUUUCGCUGCUGCCAGCUUUUUGUCCUGAUAUUUGACCAGGAUUGAUCUACCUUGGUGCCUUUUUUAUGUUCACUAAUUUUGUUAACUUGCAACCUGUUUUAAGUGUGACCAUGACCCUUGUAAAUUAUUUAUGCGUACUGUUGUGUUUAUAUAGGAGCAAAUGUAAGACAAUUUAAAAAAUGUAUAUCGUGACGCUAUUAUGAUUCCAAGUCACGUCGCCACUUAAAAGCACCUUUUGAGUUUACACAUCGAUUACUUAUGGUUUAUUGAGAUUAGUGUAUCUGUCUCCUGUUUUUAUUUAGUUUACUUUUUAAAUAAUGUCUUAUAUAGGAUAGUGUUUAUCAUAAUGUUUAUUUAUCUUUGCAUUGUCCCUCUAAGCAAUGUAUUAUUAUUAUAAUAUAGCCAUAAGGUUAGUAAUGAUGGUGUCUGUGCCUGACUAUGGUAUUGACGUUUUAAAGAGGAACAGCUUGCUAACUGUAGAAUCAGUGUCUUUGAAUUGAAUGGCAUUGUGCAAAUUGCUUUCUCCAAAGCCAUAGCUUGGGGAAAGAAAUGCUUUCUCUAGUUAUGCUCCAUGCCAGAGAAUCUUGUUUCAUAUUUUGAAGUAGCCAUUGGAAAAGGGACACGAACACCAGAGACACACAAACACAAAGUUGUAUUUGCUUUUGUAAGCUUCUGAGUGGCAUUUGGUGAGGUCACUUAUUUGGUUUUAACUUGAUGGUCCUCUUGUUGUUCCUCACACAGCUUUCACUCUUGUUAUCGUCUCAUCUUUAAAGCCUACUUUACCCUGCUAUGACGUAAGGCAGUCAUAACAGCUUAUGUUAGUUUAUAACACCUAUGAACAGCCAUGGCGCACAUGAAACGACCAAGGUUAGCUGUCUUGUCAGCCAACAAUAUAGUUACCUUGAACACAGUGACAUGUGACCUAGCUGGCUGCUCAUAAGAUAUAUGUUAUGAAUUGACAUCAGAUUUUAUGAAUGCUCCUGAUGACAACAUUGCUAUGCUUAAAGAUCGGCUUUAGAUUGGGGAUUUAGGUGUGAUCAUUGUGAGGCCUCGUUUAACAGUUAUGUUACCUGAAUGUAAAGAUUUUUCAAACCGCUCUGUAGCUUGAAAUGUGCUCAUUGUUGUCCACUAACUGUUCCCAGUUUUUAUUUUAUAUGUCCCAUGUUUCAGUCAGUUUCCCUCAUUCUAAACUAUAGUAUCUUUAUAUGAUGUAUUUUAGGCUGAAUAAGUGUAGUACUAGUAACUAACCUAGCUAGCCAGUCGUUUCAGCAUUAGCCAACACCACCAAAUUGAAGUUGCCUGUAUGCCAUGUAGUUACUCUUUAAGCACUUUUAACUAUUAUAUAAUAACUGUAUCACAAUCAGUGCAGGUAUAUACUAGUACAUCAGUACAUUUACAGAUAAUGUUAUAAAGUGCAUGUGCUAAACCAAAACAGAUGCUGUACUAUGAGACUAUUACUUCAAUUAGCUCAUGUGUAGUUAAAGGUAAUUACACUUGAUACCAUAUGAAAAUGCAAUUCCAUGUAACUGUGGCAUUUUGGUAUCUCGGUGGAAAGAGACGGCUCCAAUGUUGCUAACCGAAUUUAAUAAUAAUAAUAAUAAUAAACGGUAAUAGUGGAGCUAGCCAAUGCUGAAACACAUUAGCUGUCCGGCUGGUUGGCCUAUGUAGUGGAGCAAUUUAGCUAUGUCACACUAUUUCAUUGGUCUGUCUGUAGAAUGCUCUCCAUGACUAAUACUCCUGUCUUGGCAUCCCUUUGUUGCAUUGUGAUGAAUGUGUCUCUAAACCUUGUUUGACAUUGACUGAAAAUAAAGACUUUCAUUUUGGG